AUGGCAUCUAAUGUUACAGCUCAAUUAGUGUUGGAGAAGAUUAGUGUGGAUCAUCUGGAAUGCUCCAUCUGCACCAACCGUUUCAGGCAGCCCAAACUGCUGGACUGUUUGCAUAGUUUUUGCCUGCAAUGCCUCCAAGAGCUCAGACAGAGCCAAGAUCCUAGUGGUACAAAGCUGACAUGUCCUCUGUGCAGACAUGAAACCAUGUUGAUAGGGUCUGGGGUUGCUGAUCUCCCUAACAACUUUGCAUUCAGUGCCCUGGUGGAGGAAGUUACAAUGCAGGAAAAGCUACUGGAAGGUCAAGGGUCAGACAUGAAAUGUCAAGCCUGUGAUGAGGAAAAUCAGGCUAUUUCAAGAUGCAUGGACUGCGAUCAUUUCCUGUGUCAAGAAUGUCAAAAGGCUCAUGGGCGUAUGACCUUGAUGAUGAAAUCUCACAAAAUCUACUCACUGGCUCAACUUCAAUCAGGACAAAUUGUCUACAAGAGUAAACUAAGAGAUGAAGUUCCAAAAUGUUGCAAGCAUCCAGAUCAGAAUCUCAAUGUCUACUGCAACUCAUGUGAGCAAGUCAUAUGCACAACUUGCUAUGUACUUGAUCAUACAAAACACUCACUCACUGGAUUACCUGAAGCCGCAGAGAAAUGCAAGGAGAAGGUCAGAGAAAUGGUCCAAAAAUGUGAGAGCAGAAAAACAGAAUUGAGCACCACCAUCGAGGAGACGUGCAAAUCUCGCAAGAAACUGGACACCAUGUUUGCCAACACUCAAAAGAAAAUCUCCAAAAAGGCUCAACAUGAGAUUACAAAGCUCAAACAGGAGAUUGCAAAGAUACAGAACGAGAUGGCAAAGAUCCAAAAGGAAGAACAGAAUUUGUUGAAAGAGACAGACACAAUUUAUCAAGACAAACUCAAAGCUUACGAGGCUGUUCAAGCAACGAACAGGACGGAGGUGACACAGACAGAGCACAAGCUGGAGGAGGUCGAACAACUCAUGAAUCAAGCAAGUUGCUAUGAGAUUCUUGAACUUCAGCAGAAGCUCUUGCAUAACCUCAGUGAAUUGACAGGGAAACAGCCAGAGCAAGUUCCUGACAAGUUGACCCUCAUGGAUUUUGAAGAAAGUGAGAGGUCACUUGGCAGACUCAUUCUGGAAGAAGAGCCAAAGGCUGCAGAAAAGCAAUCACCACUGAGACCUGGAAGAUCAUGCGUAAAGGAGAAAUGGGAACUAAAGACUGAAGUCAAGAAUUUUGAACUAACAUGGGUACACAUUGCACAUGCUGCAGCAUGCUCUAACAAUAAAAUACUUGUAUUAGACAGUUUCAAUCAUGCAUUAUUCACAGUAUCACUGACCAAUAGCCAACAUGCACCACCUCAUAUACCACAAAGGCUACAAAUCAAUGGCCUCACUGAUGCAAUGUGUAUUGCAGUGAGCAAGGAUGACAAGCUCCUUGCUCUAGAUGGUCCAGAAGUCAAGGUCUUCAACAAGCAACAUCAGCUCCUCCAUCAGUUCACACCAGGUAGAGGGUCAGACAGCAUACCAACAUGCCUUGCAUUGGAUGGCAGCAAUCUGAUAGCAGUGGGUUACAAAGGCAAUGAUGAGAUAUCUCUACACAACCCAGAUGGAUCCCUCAUCAGGAGACUGCCUGCUCCAAUGAUGGGAUAUUAUCUGACAAUGUACAAUUAUCGCCUUAUCUACACAACAGGCUUGACCAAAAGGUUGGUAUGUGUAGACUACUAUGGUACCAGUGUAUUCUCAGUAGACAUGAUCAGCAACGUGCAGGCGUGUUUGUACCCUAAAGGUGUGUGCUGUGACAGUGAUGGCAGCAUAUAUGUUGCUGUACUCGGACAUCCAACAGGUGUUAUUCUGCAUUACAGUCCUGAUGGCAAGUACAUUGGAUGUGUGAUCAAGGACUGUAUUCAUCCACAUGGCAUCACAUUCACAUCUGAUGGUGAUCUGGUAGUGGCUGCAGGAGUAUCUGUAAAGGUCUAUCACCGAGUGUAA